AUGCCAUCUCGAGAAGAAGAGAACGAGGCUUUGGCGCGUGCAGAAUACUGGGAUGCAAGAUACGCCAAAUCCGAUGGCAAGAAUGCCACGCAUGAAUGGUUUCGAUCCUACAGUGAUCUCCAGCCCUUUCUAGAGAAGCACCUCUUUGAGCCCUUUCCGCCGUCGCAAGAUCCGAAGAUCUUGCAUCUUGGAGCAGGAGAUAGCACCGUGCCGCGAGAACUGCUGGAUCAAGGAUACAAGAACCAAAUCUGCGUGGACUUCUCUCCGGUCGUAGUCAAGCUCAUGACUGCACAACCUCUUGAGGGAACGACCUGGUUGUGCGAAGAUGUUCGAGACAUGCCUGUCAUCGCGAGCCAAUCCAUCGAGGUAGCGUUCGACAAAGGUACGCUGGACGCAAUGAUUCACGGAAGCCCAUGGGAUCCGCCCGACGACGUCAAAGAGAACAGCGGUCGAUACAUGAAAGAGGUUGCUCGCGCUCUCAAACCCAAUGGCGUCUUCCUCUACAUAACCUAUCGACAGCCUCAUUUUGUGAAGCCAUUGCUGAAUCAGGACACCCUGUGGGACAUGCAUACGGAAGUGCUCAAGCCGAGCGAGAACUCUUUCGAGUACUAUGCUUUCGUGCUCAGAAAGGCACAGUCUGCGUAGACCCGUGCCUCGAGUAGGUGAAAAUAGGACACCCGCCUCUCGAAACGACUCCCUUCGCGAUCAUAUCGGACUCGAACAUGCAUGUGCUACAUUGACAAGAAUUCCCAUCAACGUCUCUUCGAAUGAUGCGAUACCUCGACUUGGCCGAGUAUUCCGGACGCAACGACCAGGACGAGCCGUGUGGCGCAGUCACUGCCUGCCUGUACUUGUCUUCUUGACUGAGUACGUCCGACUAUCAUUACCGUGGAGCCAUUCC